GAGAGGGCAGGGCAGGACUCCAGACCAAGACAACAGAACCCAGCAGGGGACACAUCCAAACUCCUGCAGAAACACACUGCGCCAGCCCAGGCCCAAAGCCCCAGGACAGGACAGGACCCAGGGGGACAAGACACAGACAACCCAGGAGGGGAUAUUCACUCACAGGGACCCAGACCCAGCCAUGAGGCCCGUGUGGAGCCCUGUAUCGCUGCUCAUCCUCUUCAUCAUCUUCAUCCUGUCUGGUAUCAGCUUGGUGUCGUCAUCUGUGCCGACCCGGGUCCGUGUCCUCCACGGCAUCAAGGGUCUUCCCCUCACGCUCCCCGUCAGUAAAGCCCUCCCCGCGGCAUGGGCCCGGUACCGGUACCAGGGCAGCUGGGUCAAGACCCAGUCGGACCACCCGCACCUGGUGACCUUCCAGAAGGGCAACGUCAUCCCCAGCAGCCUGCACGAGGACCGCAUCUCGCUCGACCCCGCCGACCUCUCGCUCCGCAUCCACGCCCUGAACACGAGAGACGAGGGGGAGUACAUGCUGGAGUUGAACUUCCAAGAAGCCGAGCACAAGCGGAAGUGGAUUCACAAGAAGGAGAAGGUCUUUGUCACAGUGGAUGUGCCCGUAUCAGCACCAGUCAUUGGCAAGAGCCCAUCAUACGAGCUUGUCGAGGACAGGGACAACGUCACGUGGACCUGCUCGGUCACAAACGGAACCCGAGUCCGGUACCAGUGGCUGAAGGACAACGUUCCCAUCGCGGCCAGCGAGAGACACGUGUUCUCCUCCACCAACAACACGCUGACCAUUAGCCCCGUGCGCAAGGAGGACAUUGGUCUCUACAGCUGCAGGGUCCGAAACCACGUCAGCAACGGUAGCAGUCACAGUGUGGAGCUCAACGUCUACUAUGGCCCAUACAACCUGGUCAUCCGAUCCCACCAGGGCCCGGAGAACCACGGCGUGUUUCUGGUGGAUCCUGACGAGCUGGUGCUGCUGGACUGCCUGGCCGACUCCAACCCGCCCAACAGCUGCGAGUGGAUCUCCAAGAUCGGCAACCGGACGCAGGUGGUCAUGGUGGGCCCGCGGCUGCAGGUCACCUCGUACGAGCUGGCCCGGGCCAACAGCUUCGUGGUGCGCGCCAUCAACAACGUCACGCAGAAGGAGGACGAGACGCAGUUCACCCUCGUCUUCACCCCCGGCUCAGGAAAGGAGGCGUCUACUCAGAAGGGCGGCCUCCUGUCACCUCUGUCCGUCAUCUGCCUGUGCUCCCUGCUGAUCAUCAGCGUGUGUGUGAUGGUCAUGUUCAGAAGGGCCUGCCACCCACGCCAAGUGAUCAUCACGAUGAAAGACACACUCUCCAAGAGGCCGAUUACAGAACAAAAGCGGCCCCACCGUUCAGGUUGUGAAGAUGUAACUGAAGACUUUGGGAUUUACGAGUUUGUUGCCAUACCAGGGAGAAUGGACUCCACGCAGACGUCAUGCAGGUCUCUGGCGCGCCCCGAGUCCACGCCGGACAUGGGCACCACAAUAUAUGAUGUCAUCAGACGCGUCCCGGAAACGCCCACCCUGAGCCUGUUGCCCUGAGCGGAUGUGGGGGACACCACGCGAUACAGAUUGUGCAAUGCAUUGUGGGACAAAGACGCCAGAUGACACUUCCCACACUUCAGUGGAAGUGAGUGUGCCACAUGUGUAACCGUGAAGCUGGACUUUGCUUGAACCUCUGGCGGUAUAUGUCUGAAGUUUGUCACAUGUGCCACGAUGGACCCUAUUACUGUCCCUUCCUUUUUACUCGAAGGACACUCAUUGAGGCUUGAUGACAACAUCCCUGUGAGACAGUUGUGGUGAUUUACGAGAAAAAAAAUGUGUCUGACUUAUUUCAGUGUUUCUUUAAACAAAUAUUUAUUUUGACAUGAUGAAGGGUUUUAUCAAACCAAUCUUUUUUUUUUAAAUCUUUAUCUGAACCUAUUUGACUUGAAUGUGAGCAGGAAUUAUGGAUGGAUGGAUGUAGGCCUGCCUGAGAUGUUCAAGUGCCAUUCUGACUGCAAGAGAGAAAUAGUGUGAAUCUCAUGAUUGCUUUUGUAACCAAAUGUGCCAAGAAUGGAGUCCAUUGACAGCAGACAUGCACUGAAUUCAUUCAAUUACGGUCUCCCUUGGUGAAAAAAACCCAUCUGCACUGGAUUAUGAUAGAGUUUGUAAAUAUUGCUGUCUCUAAAUCACACCCUUGUGUGAAUAAUAUAUACUCCUUUUAGAUA